ACUAAUAGAAUGUUUUAGUACAUUAUAGCCAACAGCAGUACUAUUCUUAUACUAUGUACAAAAUCCUCGUUUUACGAGGAUAGUCCUCAAAAUCAACAUCAGAUUGUCAGAUUGUCAUUGUGAUUUACAAUUUUUCUCGUGUUACUUUAAUGCAUCAGGAAACGAUACGCUCUGUUCUCAGUGACGAGAAAAUGAUUUAUUAUUCGUGUGUGUAGCGGGCAUUUAAGAUGCUAAUAUAUACAGUACAACUCAGUUUAUGACCAAGUUCAGACCAUUUUCUAAAUACAGUCUGUUUUCCAACUUGGUUACUUUCUGAGUGUCUCGCGUACCGCCCCGUCCUCAGUGCUCUGUGCUCGACUGCUCAUGUCUGAGGCAGUUGUUGCUGGCGCUCUGUUUGACAAUAAUGGAAGACUCGGCACAAGUUUCUCCCAGAACCACAACGUUACUGCUGUGAAGACAAGCAAAUGAGAACAAUGGCGUCAGUCAUGGAAGAUCCUGUACUGGAGAGACACUUUAAAGGCCACAGAGAUGCUGUCACAUGUACAGACUUCAGUCCCAACCACAAACAACUUGCUUCUGGGUCAGUAGAUAAAACCCUUAUGAUUUGGAAUCUGGCUCCUAAGGCCAGAGCUUUCCGUUUUAUUGGUCACCACGAUGGCAUCACUGGAGUUCAGUUCUCUCCCUCUGGUAACCUGGUGGCAACCUCAUCCAAAGACAGAACAGUGCGUCUGUGGACACCAACCAUGAAAGGAAAGUCGUCCAUUUUCAAAGCUCACACCGCAGCUGUUCGCAGCGUCGCUUUCUCCCAUGAUGGUCAUCGACUGGUGACAGCAUCUGAUGACAAGUCUGUCAAAGUGUGGAGCGUUUACCGUCAGUGCUUCGUCUACUCACUGAAUCAGCACACAAACUGGGUUCGCUGUGCCAGGUUUUCUCCAGAUGGGAGGUUGGUGGCUUCCUGCAGUGACGACCAUUCUGUCCGACUGUGGGACACAUCCAACAAACACUGUGUGAACUGCUUCUCUGGUUAUGGAGGACCAGCAACGUGGGUUGAGUUCAACUCCAGCGGCACCUGCAUUGCGUCUUCAGGAACGGACAGUACGCUGAAAAUCUGGGACCUACGGACCAACAAGCUUAUUCAGCAUUAUCAAGUCCACAGUGCAGCGAUCAAUGGUUUCUCCUUCCACCCCUCCAACAAAUACCUGAUCAGUGCUUCCAGUGACAACACCGUGAAGAUCCUGGACCUGCUGGAGGGACGACUUAUCUACACUCUGCAUGGACACAAGGGUGCUGUGACGACGGUGGCCUUCUCUAGGACCGGAGAAUUCUUUUCCUCAGGGGGAGUUGAUGCUCAGGUUCUGAUGUGGAGAACGAACUUUGACACCAAAAACUACCAUGAACUCCUGCAGCGACAGAGUCGAUGGUCCACCUCUGGUUCGUCACCUUACCUGACGGACAUCCACCCAAAAAUACGCCCCCGUCCUCAUCAGCGGCCAUCAGCCACUCAGAUCAGUGCAGUGACAGACACUCGGUCAGUUGACCCCACUGUGGUAGAGAUGGGCCAACCUGUCCACAGGGCCACGUCAAGGCUGGAGGACAGCAACUGGGACAGAAGUGUCCACAGGACAGGUAAGACCGCGGGGAACCAGACGGUGUCCAGCAAGACGGACAGAGGGAGGAGGGAAGAGGAGGAGGAGGAGGAGGAGGAGGAGGAGAGGAGAAAAGAGAUGAAGCCUCCAGACGCUCCCUACGCUCAGCAGUUUCAUCUGGAAUCCACUCUGGGCCUCAUUUGUCAACAGCUGGACAUUCUCACCCAGACCGUGUCAGUGCUGGAGGAGCGACUGACGCUGACUGAGGACAAACUCAAGGACUGUCUGCAGCACCAGGCCACCAUCCUCAAAGACAUGCGGGGGUCACAGGGGGGGUCACAGGGGGGGUCACAGGAGGGGUCACAGAGGUCCAAGAGUCUGGGAACAACCGUGUUCCCUUUUCACUACAACUGUGGAUGAGAUCAGCCACAGACGGCAGCACAGACGGCAGCA